AUGCAUAAUUUUCUGUUCGAAAAUAGACUAUCAACUUACUCUCCCUUUAGUCCUUUCGGUUCUACAAAAAACUCUAAACCAGGCAUAAUAACAAAGAUAAAAAACAAGAUUUCGGAUUUAUUUCUACCUACAAUUGACCCAUCAAGUAAAUUUUAACGGAUACAAUGCUAUUAUGAUUAAAAUUUAGAAAAAGAACUAUCUCAUUAAUUUAAAAAUAAACUUGUAAUUGUAGAUCACAUUCUACCUAAGCAAGAGGAAAAUCUAACUUCAAAGCGAAAGUCACUCUAUCCCUUUGAUUAAUAUUGCAAGUAAGAUGACCCAAAACCAAAUUAAAUAUCAGAAGAAGCCUAAGGCAAUAGAGUCGACAGAAAAAAAGAUUAAUCACCUCAUCAUCCCAAAACCAAGAAACAAUAGAAGUUUAAAAAAAAUCAUGCUAAAAUUGAAAAAUCUAGAAAAAUGGAAGGUAAUUUUUUUUUCUAUAACCUAAUAGGAGACUAAUAAUAGAGAGACAUUGAUUUUAAUAAAAAAUCUAAGAAUUAAAAUAUUGAAUCAAAUUAAGAAAAUUCCUAGGGUUACAUUUCAAAUUAUGAGAAAUAAAACAAUGAUUGUGUAAAAGACUGCGUCAAAUCUGCAACUCCAUAUAAGAAGUAAUAAGGAUUGACAAAUGAAGAAAAGGAUAAAAAAAAAUAAUUUGAAAUUUAAUCUUUUGAAUAAGAUCAACAAUUUAAUUGCCAAUAGGUGAGUGAUUAAAAACAGAAAAUCUUUGAAACUCAAAAUGGUUAUUCUAUCGCUAGCUCCAAAUAAAUUAUUUAAGAAAAUGAAUUAUUUUCAAGUUCUACUGGUACUAAUACAAAAGGAGAAAUUAUGGAGCCCUUGUUGAAAAUAGAACAUAUUUUUAAUUCUUAAAAGGCUGAUUCUGAGAUAUUAGAGGAGAAAUGCUCGAAUAAUAGCUCAGUUGAAAUUUAGAAUAAACCAUUUUCUUACCUUCAUCUAGAUCCUGGAGAAAAAAAGGAAUUAGAAUAAAAUAGAAAUCAAAAUGAAGUUGAAAGUCCUAAAAGUAUGAAUUAAAAUUAGACAAUCUUAGAAACAUAAGAAUAAUAAUAAUAAUAAUAAUAAUAAUAAUAAUAGCAAUAAUAGUAAGAUAACAAAUAAAGAAAUUUAAUAUCGGAUUCAGUAAUUAUAAGCUUAUAAAUUCAAUGCAGUCCUUAGAAGUAAAUUGACUGUAAAGAAGACCAACAUAAAGUCAUUUCUCAAUAGCCAGAAUAAUAAAAAUAAAACUAAGACAUUUAAGAGGAUAGUAUCAUUAAUCACAGUCAUGAGAAUGUAUUGACAUCUGAUAAACCAUAGUUGAAAUUGAUAAAUAAUUCUGUCAAAAAGGACGAAAUUUCAUAAUAACCAUAAAUUGAAGAAAAAUUACAAAAUGGAUUACUUCAGAAUUCACUAGAGGAAUAAAUUUAGACUUCUUUAUCUUAAAAUAUAUCGUCAACAAUUAAUAAUGAAAGCACACAAAAAACUUCAAAGAUUACUUAGGAAAUUGAUCAAUAGGAAUAAUUAAAUCCGUAAUAAGAUUAAAUUUAAAAGUAAAAAAAUCCAUUUUUAGAGACUAGUUCUCUUAUCAGCUCAGAUUAAGUAAGUUAAUAUUUUUGGAAAGGUUUUUUUACAGAAAAUUCUUAAUUUCCUUUCCAAACAUAACAAUGUACAAGAAAUCAAAAUUUUCUAGAUUUAUUUAAGGUGUAGACCAAUAAUUCGCUUUUCAAUUUCAAUUUUCCUUAACAAAAUCAAGGAUAUCAAACUUAAAACAUAUAUAAUUCAUAAAAUAACGCUUAAAAGAAUAAUUAAUGCUUGAUUUAUAAGCAGAGGGAAAUCAUUGAUUAAGUACCAUUCUCAGAGUACUUCAAUGUAAUCCCACAAAACAAUUAUAAUCAAAAAAUAUCAAAUUAUUAUUCACCUAAUUUUUAGCAAAAAUAUUGUCAACCUACCAUUUAUUAGUAAUCUUAAACAAGUAAUCUGUUGAUUAAUUACUAAGCACCUAUCUAGUAAUAGAGCCUGUUUCCAUAAAUGCAGUAAUCCUCUUAUCAAAUAUCAAGCAUUAAUUUAUUUUAAUCGAAUUCCCUUUAGCCAAACACCAAUAUGAAUUGUUGCUAAGAAGAAGGUAGAAUAAAUCAUAUUUAUACUAAAUAGGAUGUACUUUCAUUAUUUUAAGAUACAAAUAUGAAGUAGGAUCAAAGUAAUAAAUAAAACCUAAAUUUAGAUUUAUUUGUUAUUGAUUCAGUUUAAAGUAGCAAUUAAUAAAGUAACUCAUAAUUCUAUAACUAAAAUAGCAACUUUAAGGGAUAUAAAAGAAAGCAGCGUAUUAAUAAUAAUUGA